UGGUUGAAUCAAAAUAAUUCCCUUUCAAGUUAUAUAUAUAUAUUUUUUUUAGAGGGCAGGGCAAUAUGAAUGUUCUAUUAUGUUACAUCAACACAUUAAUCUAUGAUAUAUCUGCUGUCGAAGUAGGUCAACAUUUCUAUUGGCAAAUAGGGGAUUUUCAAGUGCAUGCUCAAGUACUUAUUACCUCUUGGGUUGUAAUUGCUAUCUUAUUAAUUUCAACCAUUCUAGUUGUUAGAAAUCCGCAAACUAUUCCAACGUCCGGUCAGAAUUUCUUUGAAUAUGUCCUUGAAUUCAUCCGAGACGUGAGCAAAACUCAGAUUGGAGAAGAAUAUGGUCCGUGGGUUCCGUUUAUUGGAACUUUGUUCCUAUUUAUUUUUGUUUCGAAUUGGUCAGGGGCUCUUUUGCCUUGGAAAAUUAUAAAGUUACCUCAUGGAGAAUUAGCUGCACCCACAAAUGAUAUAAAUACUACUGUUGCAUUAGCUUUACUUACGUCAGUAGCCUAUUUCUAUGCGGGUAUUUCAAAAAAAGGAUUGGCUUAUUUUGGUAAAUACAUCCAACCAACUCCAAUCCUUUUACCGAUUAACAUCUUAGAAGAUUUUACAAAACCCUUAUCGCUUAGUUUUCGACUUUUCGGAAAUAUAUUAGCUGAUGAAUUAGUAGUUGUUGUUCUUGUUUCGUUAGUACCUUUAGUAGUUCCUAUACCAGUUAUGUUUCUGGGAUUAUUUACAAGCGGUAUUCAAGCUCUUAUUUUUGCUACCUUAGCUGCGGCUUAUAUAGGUGAAUCCAUGGAAGGCCAUCAUUGA